AUCACCCCAUAAUGAGAACUGGCAAACCCAAUUGCCCUGGCGAGGAGACAGACACCUUCCAAGAUGGUAUCACAAAUGGUGCUCAGUGGUAUGAUGUAGAAGGUGGGAUGCAGGAUUACAACUAUGUGUGGGCCAACUGCUUUGAGAUCACGUUGGAGCUGUCCUGCUGCAAAUAUCCUCCGACCUCUGAGCUCCAGCAGGAGUGGGAGAACAACCGGGACUCUCUCCUUGCCUUCAUUGAGCAGGUCCACAUUGGUGUGAAAGGCUUUGUCAGGGAUGCAGUCACUGGAGCUGGCCUGGAGAACGCGACCAUCGUUGUUGCUGGUAUCGCUCACAACAUCACUGCGGGCAGAUUUGGUGAUUACCACCGGCUGCUUGUGCCUGGGACCUACAACGUGACCGCAGUUGUGAUGGGCUACACACCAGUGACCAGGGAGAGCAUCGAGGUUAAGGAGGGAGCAGCAACAGAAGUGGAUUUCUCUUUGCAGCCAACUGUAAUACCACCAUCACUUAAUGUCACACAGUUGACAGCAACAUCUGCUCCUGCCUCUACCAUCACCCCCACCCCUGUGCAGGCAGAGGCCCCGAGCCCAACCUCUCUCCAUCAACCCAUCCAACCCAUGGACUUCCGCCACCAUCACUUCUCAGACAUGGAGAUCUUCCUGCGGCGCUACGCCAACGAGUACCCCAAAAUAACCCACCUCUACUCCGUGGGCAAGUCAGUGGAGCUGCGCGAGCUCUAUGUAAUGGAGAUCUCUGACAACCCUGGUGUCCAUGAAGCAGGUGAGCCGGAGUUCAAGUACAUCGGGAACAUGCAUGGGAAUGAAGUUGUGGGGCGAGAGCUUCUCCUGAACCUCAUCGAGUACCUCUGCAAGAACUUUGGCACAGAUCCUGAAGUGACAGAUUUGGUCCAGAACACACGGAUCCACAUCAUGCCAUCUAUGAACCCUGAUGGCUAUGAGAAGUCCCAGGAAGGUAUUGCUGCCUACAGGGGAGGCACCGUUGGCAGAAACAACAGCAACAACUACGACCUGAACCGGAACUUCCCAGAUCAGUUUGUCCAUGUGACAGACCCUCCCCAGCCAGAAACUCUCGCUGUCAUGACCUGGUUAAAGACUUACCCAUUUGUGCUCUCAGCAAACCUGCACGGAGGUUCUCUGGUGGUUAAUUACCCCUUUGAUGAUGAUGAGCAAGGAAUAGCCAUAUACAGUAAAUCCCCAGACGAUGCUGUGUUUCAGCAGUUGGCACUUUCCUACUCCAAGGAAAAUGCAAAGAUGUACCAGGGAAGCCCUUGUAAGGAUAUGUACCCCACUGAGUACUUCCCACAUGGCAUCACUAACGGGGCUCAGUGGUACAACGUUCCAGGUGGGAUGCAAGACUGGAAUUACUUACAUACAAACUGCUUUGAAGUGACCAUUGAGUUGGGCUGUAUGAAGUACCCAAAAGCUGAGGAGCUGCCCAAGUACUGGGAGCAGAACCGCCGAUCCCUCCUCCAGUUCAUGAAGCAGGUUCACCGCGGCGUCCGGGGCUUUGUGCUGGAUGCUGUGGAUGGAAGGGGCAUCCUGAACGCCACCAUCAGCGUCGCUGACAUCAACCACCCAGUGACCACCUACAAGGAUGGAGACUACUGGCGCCUCUUGGUCCAGGGGACGUACAAAAUCACAGCAUCUGCCAGAGGGUAUGAUCCAGUCACUAAGACGGUGGAAGUUGGCAGCAGAGGUGGCGUUCAGGUCAACUUCACUCUUUCACGGACAGACAUCAAAGUGGAGGAGGGGAAGGUGCCAGUCUUGAACACCCCAGACACCAGUGACCCCAAUGAGAAGGAGUUUGAGACCCUGAUCAAAGAUCUCUCUGCUGAGAACGGCCUGGAGCGCCUCCUGCUCACCUCAUCAGGGAAUGUCGCUCCCUACCGAUACCGCACUUACAAGGACCUCUCCGAGUUCCUCCGAGGCCUCUACCUGAACUACCCACACAUCACAAAUCUCACCAGUUUGGGUCAGAGCAUUGAGUUUCGUCAGAUCUGGUCCCUUGAAAUCUCCAACAAGCCCAACCAGUCCGAGCCUGAGGAGCCAAAGAUCCGCUUUGUUGCUGGUAUUCAUGGAAAUGCUCCUGUUGGUACAGAGCUGCUGCUGUCACUGGCAGAAUUCCUUUGCAUGAAUUACAAGAAGAACACUGCUGUUACAAAGCUGAUUGACCGAACACGGAUUGUGAUUGUGCCUUCCCUGAAUCCAGAUGGACGUGAGAUAGCCCAGGAGAGAGGCUGCACCUCGAAGACAGGCCACGCUAAUGCUCGUGGCAGAGAUCUGGACACAGACUUCACAAGCAAUUAUUCCCAAAACUUGGACACACGAGAGCCUGAGACCAAGGCCAUCGUGGAGAACUUGAUAUUGAAGCAGGAUUUCAGCCUCUCUGUUGCACUAGAUGGAGGAUCUCUGCUUGUCACUUACCCAUAUGACAACCCAUCACAAACAGUGAAGAACAAAGAAACACUGAAGCAUUUGGCAUCUGUGUAUGCAAGCAACCAUCCACUGAUGCAUUUGGGCCAGCCAGGCUGUCCCAAUAAGUCAGAUGAGAAUAUUCCUGGUGGUGUGAUCCGUGGCUCUGAAUGGCACAGUCACUUGGGGAGUAUGAAGGAUUUCAGCGUCACGUUUGGUCACUGUCCUGAGAUCACUGUUUAUACCAGCUGCUGCUACUUCCCGAGUGCAGGACAGCUUCCCAGCCUGUGGGCAGAGCACAGGAAGUCUCUCCUUAGCAUGCUGGUGGAGGUCCAUAAGGGAGUCCAUGGCUUUGUCCAAGACAAGAGUGGCAAGGCAAUUUCUAAAGCUGUCAUUGUUCUUAAUGAAGGUUUGAGGGUCUUUACUAAAGAAGGUGGCUAUUUCCAUGUGCUGUUGGCUCCAGGUUUGCACAGCAUCAGUGCAGUAGCUGAAGGGUACCAGCAGAAACAUGUCAAGGUCUUUGUCCGUCACGAUGCACCCAGCUCCGUGUUGAUUGUAUUUGACACAGAAAACAGGAUAUUUGGUCUGCCAAGGGAGCUGGUUGUAACUGUUGCAGGUGCAAGUAUGUCUGCUCUGGUCCUCACUGCCUGUAUCAUCUGGUGUGUCUGCUCCAUUAAAUCCAAUAGACACAAGGAUGGUUUCCACCGCCUCCGGCAGCACCACGACGAUUACGAGGACGAAAUCCGCAUGAUGUCCACGGGCUCAAAGAAGUCCCUCCUGAGCCACGAAUUCCAGGAUGAAACAGACACUGAAGAAGAAACACUGUACUCCAGCAAACACUGACACCCCUCGGGCAGGGAGGGAGGUUCCAAUGGACCAGACCCGGUGGCGAGGGCCGAUCCCUGUGGUUCAGUUUUGAAACAUUAGCUUGCAGGAUGUGUCCUCCAGAGGUGUGGGUGGCUGCUCCCAGCUCCCCUCUAUUUGCUCUGUUCCUAUGUACAUGCAAAUUAGUGGGUGUUGAGGGCUGGUUUCAGGCUAAGGACACUGCUUGUUACGUUUUUGGAUCAAGAUCUGGAGGUUCACGUGAGGUUGUUUGAAAGGCAACUUAACAGGGUGGCCAGCAGAGUUCCUAGCACUUCCCCAGCAUCUCAACACAGCAAGCAGAUGGUGGGGAAGUGCCUUGAGACCUGCAGGGAGUCAUAGUUACAACACUCCAAAGCAGUUUCUCUACCUGUUUUGAUUCCAUGUUUUCCUCACUGUACUUGGGGGAAGCCCUAUCCUUCACUUGACUCCACGUUCUGCAGCGCAGCCCUUGGAAA